AUGGAUUUCCUCAUGGAUCUGCCAGACUCUUCCGGCUUCAUGACUAUUUUAGUUGUAGUGGACCGGUUCUCCAAGAUGUGCCGACUCAUCACCCUUCCGCAUCUACCUAAUGCCAUGGAAAUUGCCGAGUGCAUGUUCCAACAGGUGUUUUGUCUGUAUGGGAUCCCGGAAGAUAUCGUUUCGGAUCAGGGACCCCAGUUCGUCUCCAGGGUGUGGCGAGCCUUCUGCGACCAACUGGGUGUGAAGAAAGCCAAACUCGAUGGAGCCCAAGAGAAAUUUAACACCUACGUGACGCUGAAAGUGCAGAACGUCAAGAGCACAACCAUCGCUGUGCGUGGUGCCCAGCCAUGCUGGGAGCAGGACUUCAUGUUUGAGAUCAACAGGCUGGAUCUGGGGCUGACAGUGGAAGUGUGGAACAAAGGGUUAAUCUGGGACACCAUGGUGGGCACCUUGUGGAUCCCCUUGGAAAACAUCCGCCAGUCUGAUGAGGAGGGGCCGGGGCAGUGGCUGACCCUAGACUCCCAGGUCAUCAUGGCUGAGAAUGAGAUCACAGGCACCAAAGACCCCACCUUCCACCGCGUGCUGCUGGACAGCCGAUUUGAACUGCCAUUAGACAUUCCAGAGGAUGAGGCUCAAUACUGGGCCAAGAAACUGGAGCAGCUCAACUCCAUGAGGGACCAGGGCUACACAUACCAGGAAGAGGAGAGACCACUUCAAGCACCAUCAACACAAUGCUGUAACUGGAGUCUGUGGGGAAACCAGCAAAAUGAGGACCCAGACAGUGCGAUGGACGACAGAGAUAGUGACUACCGCAGUGAGACCAGUAACAGCAUCCCCCCUCCCUUCUACACCAUGUCUCAGCCCAACACCUCCAUGCACCAGAACCCCAUCCUGAGAGACCAGCGCUACUCCUCGCACAUCUCCUACAACGGCUCCAUCCAAGAGCUGGACUAUGACAACCAUAGAGCCAGCAGUCCUACAGGCAGCAGUCACUAUGCCUCCUCCGGGGAGCUGAGUCAAGGCAGCUCCCAGCUCAGUGAGGAGUUUGGCCCAGAGGUCGAGGGGAACACGAGGGGCUCUGUGGAGCUCUACGAUGAGAACGACGCCUACCACUCCUGUCACUCCUCUGUCAGCUACGGCUGGGAUCCCGACGCACCCGAAGAGGUGUACAGUGACGAGGGGGGCUACAUCAAAGAUGACGAGGAGGAGGGUGAGCUUUAUGAGCCCGAAGAUGGAGAGGGGGAGUACGACUAUGAGAGAGAGGAGGAGGAAGAGAUGGACAGCACGCUAAGCGAGGAGCUGCACUACACCCCCUCCCCUACAAGCACGGCUUCCACGCUGGCCCCCAAGGCCUCCAUUGCCAGGCCUCCUCUGGAGAAACAGGCCUCCCUGAGAGAGCAGCAGCCACAACCCCUCACCCUGGUUCCCUCUUCCCUGUCCCCCACCACUCAAGCCCACCCAAUGCUCCCUUUCCAGCCCCCUGUCACCACAGCCUCCACCAAGCCUACCUUCACCCCAAUGAUCCAUCCAUCCCUCAUCCAGCCCCCGGCGCCCACAGCCCAGCCCCCUGCUCCAGAUACCCAGCCUCCGGUGUCUGAUGCCCUGGAUGACAUCCACCUAGACAUCCAAGUGGAGAAGCCUCUGACUUUAGAGGAGGAGGUCCCUGUCGUAGAGAGCCUCCCAGCAGAAGUCCCCCCAGAGAAGAUCGAGACCCCGGGCGUCAGCUAUCAGAGGCCCAUCAUGGAGCCUGGUUCAGACAGGGCUAGGGCCAACUGGCAACGGCUCUGCAGCAAGGUCCGACUACAGCUGCAGCGGGCUCGGGGGGAGUCCAUUGGGAUUUGCUCCCUGUUGCUAUCAGCAGGGGUGGGUGGUGCGCUGUAUAGCAUCGACAGCAUGCCGGACCUCCGCAAGAGGAAAGCCAUGCCUCUGGUCAGGGACCUGUCCCUGGCUCAGAACUCCAGGAAGGCAGGGUUCACAUCAGCUAUGGCGUCCAGCACUCUCAAUAACGAGGAGCUGAAGAGCCAUGUGUACAAGAAGACCCUACAGGCUCUGAUCUACCCCAUCUCCUGCACCACGCCCCAUAACUUUGAGGUGUGGACGGCCACGACACCCACCUACUGCUAUGAGUGUGAGGGGCUGCUGUGGGGCAUCGCCCGCCAGGGCAUGAGGUGCACCGAGUGCGGGGUCAAAUGUCACGAUAAGUGCCAGGACCUACUCAAUGCUGACUGCCUGCAAAGGGCAGCGGAGAAGAGUUCUAAGCAUGGGGCGGAGGACAGAACCCAGAACAUCAUCAUGGUUCUAAAAGACAGGAUGAAGAUCCGAGAGAGGAACAAGCCGGAGAUCUUUGAGCUGAUCCAGGAGGUGUUUGCCAUGGUCAAAGCCACUCACGUCACCUACAUGAAGCAGAUCAAACAGAGCGUACUGGAUGGCACCUCCAAGUGGUUGGCCAAGAUCAGCAUCACAGUGCUGUGUGCCCAGGGCCUCCAGGCGAAGGAUAAGACAGGCUCCAGUGACCCCUACGUCACGGUCCAGGUGGGCAAGACCAAGAAGAGGACCAAGACCAUCUACGGAAACCUCAACCCUGUCUGGGAGGAGAACUUCAACUUUGAGUGCCACAACUCCUCGGACCGGAUCAAGGUGCGGGUGUGGGACGAGGAUGAUGACAUCAAGUCUCGGGUGAAGCAGAAGUUCAAAAAGGAGUCAGAUGACUUCCUGGGUCAGACCAUCAUCGAGGUCCGCACGCUGAGCGGAGAGAUGGAUGUCUGGUACAACCUGGACAAGCGUACAGACAAGUCAGCCGUGUCUGGUGCCAUCAGGAUGCACAUCAAUGUGGAGAUCAAAGGAGAGGAAACAGUCGCUCCAUAUCAUGUCCAAUACACCUGUCUGCACGAGAACCUCUUCCACUUUGUCACAGAUGUGCAGAGCUCUGGUGUUGUGAAGAUUCCUGAUGCUAAAGGGGAUGAUGCGUGGAAGGUGUACUUUGAUGAGACUCCUCAGGAGAUAGUGGAUGAGUUUGCCAUGCGCUACGGAGUGGAGUCAAUCUAUCAGGCUAUGACUCACUUUGCCUGCCUGUCGUCUAAGUACAUGUGCCCUGGGGUGCCGGCGGUAAUGAGUACCCUGCUGGCCAACAUCAAUGCAUACUACGCCCACAGCACCCAGGCUACCAACAGCGUGUCUGCCUCCGACCGUUUCGCCGCAUCCAACUUCGGGAAAGAACGAUUUGUGAAGCUCCUAGACCAACUCCACAACUCCCUUAGGAUUGAUCUGUCCAUGUACCGGAAUAACUUCCCAGCCAGCAGUCCUGAGAGGCUGCAGGACCUCAAGUCUACUGUGGAUCUGCUCACCAGCAUCACCUUCUUCAGGAUGAAGGUACAGGAGCUACAGAGUCCCCCUAGAGCCAGUCAGGUGGUGAAGGACUGUGUCAAGGCCUGUCUCAACUCCACCUACGAAUACAUCUUCAACAACUGUCACGAACUCUACAGCCGCGAGUACCAGACAGACCCGGCCAAGCCAGGAGUGGUCGCUCCAGAGGAGCAGGGUCCCAGCAUCAAGAACCUGGACUUCUGGUCCAAACUCAUCACCCUCAUCGUGUCCAUCAUAGAGGAAGACAAGAACUCCUACACACCCUGCCUAAACCAGUUUCCUCAGGAGCUCAACGUGGGUCAAAUCAGUGCUGAGGUGAUGUGGAACCUGUUUGCUCAGGAUAUGAAGUACGCCAUGGAGGAGCAUGAGAAGAACCGGCUGUGUAAGAGUGCAGAUUACAUGAACUUGCACUUCAAGGUCAAGUGGCUGUACAACGAGUACUGCAGAGACCUGCCCUUCUUUAAGAGCCGUGUGCCUGAGUACCCGGCGUGGUUCGAGCCAUUUGUCAUCCAGUGGUUGGACGAGAAUGAGGAAGUGUCUCGAGACUUCCUGCAUGGUGCACUGGAGAGGGACAAAAAGGACGGGCUCCUCACUAAACCUCCUAGUUAUCAGGCAGACUUGUCCUCCUCCACGUCUCCAGCACUCAUCAAAGACUUCCCUGAGACAAUGGAUGCCAAAGCACAGAUGUUGCAGUGGAGACUCGAGCUCAAAGUAGAAAUUUUCGACGGGAAGGGGGUGAAGUUCACGGCUAGUGAGGAUGUGUACCCAGAGAAGGGCUCUGGUGUGGACGACGCCGUGGGAGAGGUGUCUAUCCACGUGGAGAUCUUCACCCACCCCAACACUGGAGAGCACAAGGUCACCGUCAAAGUGGUGGCAGCCAAUGACCUGAGAUGGCAGACCACGGGGGUGUUCCGUCCCUUCGUGGAGAUCUACAUCAUUGGUCCUCAUCUAGCUGACAAGAAGAGGAAGUACGCCACCAAGUCCAAGAACAACAGCUACGCCCCCAAAUACAACGAAACGUUCACAUACGCCCUCAGUAACGAGGUGGGCACAGAGUGUUACGAGCUGCAGGUGUGUGUGAAGGACUACUGCUUCGCCCGGGAGGACCGUACCGUGGGCAUAGCCGUAAUGCAGUUGAAGGACAUGUCCUCUAGGGGCAGCGUAGCGUGCUGGCUCCCCCUGGGAAAGAGGGUCCACAUGGACGAGACGGGCCUCACCGUCCUCCGCAUCCUGUCCCAGCGCAACAACGACGACGUGGCAAAGGAGUUCGUCAAGCUCAAGUCAGAUCAGCGCUCUCCCGAGGAGGGCCGAGGAUGA